CCUUCACUCUGCACCCUCCACCCCCUGAAAUUCUGCCCUUAGGCUACGGGGGGGGUCGUCCUUUUCUCACCUUCCCCAACCCACCCGAGUUUGCGGCCACCCCCUUCUCUCCCUACCUGUUUCCUGCCUCCAGUCCCGGUUUUCUGCGGGGCUGCGGUCCCUCCCGUCCCUGCUUGGCUGCACUUCCCUGGGCGCCACCUCCUCCCAGACUCUGCCUCGUCGGCGUCUGGCAGAGCCCAGCAGAGGGCGGCAGGGUGCCGGGAGACCCUGAGCUUCACCGCGUUUUCCCCUGUGGGGUUCCUUGCGACCUUCCCUGGAACCUUUUCCAGCCUGCUGCCUCCUGGGAUUUCGCCUAAUGGACUUCCUCAGCCCGUCCCGCCCAUCCCAACCCUCGCCAGACCUCUCGCGCUCUUCCUCACGUCCUCUCCGUCCGUGUACCCCUUCCCUUGUCUUUUCUCAAUUCCAUGCCCCGUCUCCCUUUCUCAGGCUUCGGUCUCCCCAGCCCCAGGCUCCCUUCCACGACCCACCGCUCCCUCUCCACCAGUCUCCCUUCCAUACCCAACUCGUUCCCUCCAAAACCGUUUCCUCAACCCCCACACCCUCAGUGCCUCACGGCAUCGACUCCUACCCUCACCUCAGACCUCAGGCGCCAGCCCCGGUUCUCUCCCGUCCCACUCGCAUCCUUCCCUUCCUACCCCCGGCUCCUCCGGGCUUCAGCCUCCCGCGGCUCCCUCCGCCCACCCCGCCCUCCCGGCACGCCCCGUCCCCUUUUCUCCUCCCCUCCGGUCCCCUUAAGUGAGACCCCUCCCUUCCUCGUUCCUUCCUUUCCUCCUGGAGGUUGCCUUCUCCCUCCCCUCCCCGCCCCUUCCUCCGACUGUCGCUCCCACCUCGGCGCUCGCUUCCCUCCCCGCCCCCUUCCUGCCUCCCCAGCUCCCGCCCGCACCCCCACCCCCCGCUGCCGCGCGCCGCCCGUGACGUCAGAGCCCCCUCCCAGCCCCACAUCUCCCUCCUCUUCCUCCUCCCCUCCGUCGGUCAGUCAGUCCGCGAGGAGAGUGCGCGGUGGCGGCGGCGGUGGCGGGAGCGAGAGCCGCGGGGGCCGUAGGAAGCCAACCUUCCCUGCUUCUCCGGGGCCCUCGCCCCCUCCUCCCCACAAAACCAGGGAUGGAGGCGCCUUCCCGGCACCCCCUCAGCAGCCCUCCCCGGGAAAAGUGUCCCCCCUGAGCUCUUUCCGCUCCCCAACAGCUACCCCUGCCCCCCACGCCAUGGGGCCGGGGGCCCCUUUUGCCCGGGUGGGGUGGCCACUGCCUCUUCUGGUUAUGAUGGCGGCGGGGGUGGCUCCGGUGUGGGCCUCCCACUCCCCCCAUCUCUCUCGGCCUCACCCGCGGGUCCCCCCGCACCCCUCCUCAGAACGGCGCGCAGUGUACAUCGGGGCGCUGUUUCCCAUGAGCGGGGGCUGGCCAGGGGGCCAGGCCUGCCAGCCCGCGGUGGAGAUGGCGCUGGAGGACGUGAAUAGCCGCAGGGACAUCCUGCCGGACUAUGAGCUCAAGCUCAUUCACCACGACAGCAAGUGUGAUCCAGGCCAAGCCACCAAGUACCUAUAUGAGCUGCUCUACAACGACCCCAUCAAGAUCAUCCUCAUGCCCGGCUGCAGCUCUGUCUCUACGCUGGUGGCUGAGGCUGCUCGGAUGUGGAACCUCAUUGUGCUUUCCUAUGGCUCCAGCUCACCAGCCCUGUCAAACCGGCAGCGUUUCCCCACUUUCUUCCGAACGCAUCCAUCAGCCACACUCCACAACCCCACCCGCGUGAAACUCUUUGAAAAGUGGGGCUGGAAGAAGAUUGCUACCAUCCAGCAGACCACUGAGGUCUUCACUUCGACUCUGGACGACCUGGAGGAACGAGUGAAGGAGGCUGGAAUCGAGAUUACUUUCCGCCAGAGUUUUUUCUCAGAUCCAGCUGUGCCUGUCAAAAAUCUGAAGCGCCAGGAUGCACGAAUCAUCGUGGGACUCUUCUAUGAGACUGAAGCUCGGAAAGUUUUUUGUGAGGUAUACAAGGAGCGUCUCUUUGGGAAGAAGUAUGUCUGGUUCCUCAUUGGGUGGUAUGCUGACAAUUGGUUCAAGAUCUACGACCCUUCUAUCAACUGCACAGUGGAUGAGAUGACUGAGGCGGUGGAAGGCCACAUCACCACUGAGAUUGUUAUGCUGAAUCCUGCCAACACUCGCAGCAUUUCUAACAUGACAUCCCAGGAAUUUGUGGAAAAACUAACCAAGCGACUGAAAAGACACCCUGAGGAGACAGGAGGCUUCCAGGAGGCACCGCUGGCCUAUGAUGCCAUCUGGGCCUUGGCAUUGGCCCUGAACAAGACAUCUGGAGGAGGUGGCCGUUCCGGCGUGCGCCUGGAGGACUUCAACUACAACAACCAGACCAUUACCGACCAAAUCUACCGGGCGAUGAACUCCUCGUCCUUUGAGGGUGUCUCUGGCCAUGUGGUGUUUGAUGCCAGCGGCUCUCGGAUGGCAUGGACGCUUAUCGAGCAGCUGCAGGGUGGCAGCUACAAGAAGAUUGGCUACUAUGACAGCACCAAGGAUGAUCUUUCCUGGUCCAAAACAGAUAAGUGGAUUGGAGGGUCCCCCCCAGCUGACCAGACCCUGGUCAUCAAGACAUUCCGCUUCCUGUCACAGAAACUCUUUAUCUCCGUCUCCGUUCUCUCCAGCCUGGGCAUUGUCCUAGCUGUUGUCUGUCUGUCCUUUAACAUCUACAACUCACAUGUCCGUUAUAUCCAGAACUCACAGCCCAACCUGAACAACCUGACUGCUGUGGGCUGCUCACUGGCAUUGGCUGCUGUCUUCCCUCUUGGGCUGGAUGGUUACCACAUUGGGAGGAACCAGUUCCCUUUCGUCUGCCAGGCCCGCCUCUGGCUCCUGGGCCUGGGCUUUAGUCUGGGGUAUGGCUCCAUGUUCACCAAGAUUUGGUGGGUCCACACGGUCUUCACAAAGAAGGAAGAAAAGAAGGAAUGGAGGAAGACUCUGGAGCCCUGGAAGCUGUAUGCCACCGUGGGCCUGCUGGUGGGCAUGGAUGUCCUCACUCUCGCCAUCUGGCAGAUCGUGGACCCUUUGCACCGGACCAUUGAGACAUUUGCCAAGGAGGAACCAAAGGAAGAUAUCGACGUCUCUAUUCUGCCCCAGCUGGAGCACUGCAGUUCCAGGAAGAUGAAUACAUGGCUUGGCAUUUUCUAUGGUUACAAGGGGCUGUUGCUGCUGCUGGGAAUCUUUCUUGCUUACGAGACUAAGAGUGUGUCCACUGAGAAGAUCAACGAUCACCGGGCCGUGGGCAUGGCUAUCUACAAUGUGGCAGUCCUGUGCCUCAUCACCGCCCCUGUCACCAUGAUUCUGUCCAGCCAGCAGGAUGCAGCCUUUGCCUUUGCUUCUCUUGCCAUAGUUUUCUCCUCCUAUAUUACUCUUGUUGUGCUCUUUGUGCCCAAGAUGCGCAGGCUGAUCACCCGAGGGGAAUGGCAGUCAGAGGCUCAGGACACCAUGAAGACAGGGUCAUCGACCAACAACAACGAGGAGGAGAAGUCCCGGCUGUUGGAGAAGGAGAACCGUGAACUGGAAAAGAUCAUUGCUGAGAAAGAGGAGCGUGUCUCUGAACUGCGCCAUCAACUCCAGUCUCGGCAGCAGCUCCGCUCCCGGCGCCACCCACCGACACCCCCAGACCCCUCUGGGGGCUUGCCCAGGGGACCCCCUGAGCCCCCUGACCGGCUUAGCUGUGAUGGUAGUCGAGUGCAUUUGCUUUAUAAGUGAGGGCAGGGUGAGGGAGGACAGGCCAGUAGGGGGAGGGAAAGGGAGAGGGAAAGGGCAGGGGACUCAGGAAGCAGGGGGUCCCCAUCCCCAGCAAGGAAGAACAUGCUAUCCAAUCUCAUCUCUUGUAAAUACAUGUCCCUCUGUGAGUCCUGGGCUGAUUUGGGUCUCUCAUACCUCUGGGAAACAGACCUUUUUCUCUCUUACUGCUUCAUGUAAUUUUGUAUCACCUCUUCACCAUUAAGUUUGUACCUGGCUUGAAGCUGCUCACGUGCUGCCUCCUCAGCAGCCUCACUGCAUCUUUCUCUUCACAUGCAACACCCUCUUCUAGUUACCACGGCAACCCCUGCAGCUCCUCUGCCUUUGUGCUCUGUUCUUGUUCAGCAGGGGUCUCCCCACAAGUGCUCUUUCCACCCCAAAGGGGCCUCUCCUUUUCUCCACUGUCAUAAUCUCUUUUCAUCUUACUUGCCAUUCCACACUUUCCCGUGUUUGGCUCCCCGUGAAUUUUGCUUCCUUUGGGGGCUCAUUCUUUUCACCAAGGCUCACAUGCUCCUUGCCUCUGCUCUUUGUGCACUCAACGCUCAACACUCAUGCAUCCUCCCCUCUCCUGCGUGUGCCUACUGAACAUGCUCAUGUGCACGCGUGCUUUUCCCAUGUGCUUUCUUCAUGUUCAGUCACAUGUGCAUUCACAGCUACGUGUGCCGCUCUCAUGGUCAUGGGUCUGCCUUUGAGUGUGUUUGGGUAGGCAUGUGCAAUUUGUCUAGCAUGCUAUCAUGCCUUUCCUAUUUGCACACAUUUCCCUGUGUACCCUCCACGUACCUUGUGUACCUUCUUCUCUUAAAUCAUGGUAUUCUUCCAACAGAGCCAUAUGCACCCUACCCUGCACAUUGUAUCCCCUCUCCUCAUUGCAGCCUCUCUGUUUCUGCUCCGACUUCCCCCAUUUCCAUUGUAUUCAUGUACUACCCUCACUCACAAUCAACUUCUCCCAAGACUGCUCCCUUUUGUUAUGUGUUUUUUUUUGUUUUUUUUUUUUUUUGAGGGAAAUUAAGGAAAAAGAAAUGGGGGCAGGUUUGGAGAGCUGCUUCCAGUGGAUAGUUGAGAAUCCUGACCAAAGGAAGGCACCCUUGACUGUUGGGAUAGACAGAUGGACCUAUGGGGCGGGAGGUGGCGUCCCUUUCACACUGUGGUGUCUCUUGGGGAAGAAUCUUCCCGAAUCUCAAUAAACCAGUGAACAGUG